GUUAUGCAGACAGAGUCCCCGGUAGGUCAUUUUUAAAACUCCGAUAAGGCCAAUUCCACUGCAGUCAGCCAUUUUACAACAUGGAGUCGCAUGUCAUCCUAGCUUCCCUUGUAUGUUUCUGUUUAGUAAGUUACGUUAACUGUAAUGAAGCCGCGCAUCAACAAAGCGGGGAUCUGAUUGGUCGAUUGAUGGAUACGAUUCAGAGGCUGGAAAGUCGUGUGAAAGAACUGGAAACCAGCGCCAUCUAUGGGCAGAAAGAGAGGGAGGAAAUGCGGGCAAGAAUCGAAGAUUUGUCGGAAAAGUGUGAUACAGAACACUCAGGAAUAGCCAAACGUCAAGGAAAUUCCAAUCAUAACGCAUUCUACGCCUACAUGAGCACAAAUCUACAGUAUCCCCAUCCGGAUCGCACUUUCGUUUUCGAUACCGUCCGUACAAACGUAGGUUCCGGGUACAGUAACUCCACGGGACUUUUCACUGCUCCCCAUGCUGGAACGUUCGUGUUCGCUUGGACUGUGGUCGUGGAUUCCACCUCGUUUGUCUUCUCGGAACUCGCCGUUAACAACGUGGCGAUGGGCAAUGUAAUCUCAGACAGUCAGGAAAACAAUGAGUACCACACCACCACAGGGAUGGUGGUGGCCCAACUCAGCCAGGGGGACGUGGUCAAGGUGCGCUCAAACCCCAAGGUCACCAUACACGGGAGUGUUCUCAGCUCAAACACGCACCGAACUUCCUUUUCCGGAUUCCAGCUCUACUAAAUGAACUUCAUUUUUUUUUUACUGCCAGUUCGAAUUUUCUCUGCAUUUUAACAAGAAUGGCAGGUUUUAGUUUAGUUAAGUUUAUUCGUUGUGGAAAUGUUGUACGGUGUGAUAUCUGAAUGCUAGCAAUAAGUCUCUAACCGGUUCUUUUAUAAAAUUAGUUGACAGGAAUUAAAAUACAUGUACUAUUACAGAAAA